ACACUGCAGAUGUUCAAGAUUUUAGCUUUAAAUGCUCUCGUAUCCGCUUACUCCCUAUCCGCUCUCUAUAUGGACGGGGUCAAAUUUAGUGACACACAAGCCACAAUUCAGGGUCUUUUUUUGGCAGCCUGCUUCCUAUUUGUGUCCCGUUCCAAGAAAUCCUAUUUUUUCCAGCCCUUGAAAACACUAUCCAAACAGCGUCCAAUGUCGAACAUAUUCAACGCUUACACGCUUUUAACGGUUACCGGACAAUUCAUCGUUCACUUUGGUUGUUUGCUUUAUGUAGUGAAUAGUGCCCACGCGGCAUCGCCAAGCGACGAGCCUGUUGAUUUGGAAGCUAAGUUUACCCCUAGUGUUUUGAAUACGAGCGUAUACAUAAUAUCUAUGGCAUUGCAAGUCUGCACAUUCGCUGUGAAUUACAGGGGCCGGCCAUUUAUGGAGUCUCUUAUUGAGAACAGAGCGAUGCUGUACAGUAUAUUAAUAUCUGGAGGGUCCGUAUUUAUGCUUGCCACAGGAGCCUCUGCCGAUGCGAUGAAACAGUUUGAGCUUGUGGUUCUUCCAUCUGAGCUCCGGAAUAUUCUAGUCUAUUGCGUCUCGUUCGAUCUCGUCGCGUGCUAUAUGAUUGAUCGGAUCCUAAACUUCUUUUUAGGCGAUAUGUUUUGA